GUAAAGGCAACGAGGAUUUGCCAACUUCAAGUGCGAUUAUUGUUGAGCCACAGUUUAUGAAUUCUUCAGCGAGAGUGGAUGUUCGACAAGCUUGUCGAUUGUAAACCGUGCAGACCGACGCGAGCAGCUUCAUUCGAACGAACAGAAGCUCGGGGAUCCUCGGCUCGAAUUUUCCUCGGCUUUUUCCGUGACCACCGAACGAAUUUUCAUUGAAAAAGAAAUAACGACCCUCUCGUGGAACGAUCCGAACAUGCUCGCGACGGUACACAGUGUCGACUGCGCGCGGUCGUAGCUUCCGGUGUGACCUGGGUGCAUCGAACCCGAGGACGAACCUCCUCGACGUCUUCCGUAUGAUACUCGAGCGACGUAGUAGUGACUGUGAAUGACUUAAAGUGAAAUACAGGUCGCCGUUCCAGCCGACAGGAGCGCAAGAGGACACGGUAACAAACCUCAAAUACUCCCCCAUACCAAAGCAAGUCGCUUCAAAUAUCCAUCAAAACCAGCCAUUAAAACCACAUUUUUUCAGCUACAGCCCUCCGGCAUAAGGUCAUUCAACGGUAUCCCGUCGCCUAAUUCGUCUCCAAGAACCCUGAAGAGGACAUCCUAUCACGACCAUCCGCUUCAUCGUCCGGAUCGCAGGACGUCUCCCGGGGUGUCCACGGCGGACGUCCGUCGUCGACCUUGAAACCCGGGGGUCGGGGAACCUCUCUCGGUUUCGCCUUGGGUAAUCGGUGCCGCGUACUCGAAAACUAGGCCUGCGCCUGCGGUGACGUCGCCGCGGUGCGUCGCGAUGUGCACUAUGGCAGCGGGGGCAGGAGGAGGAAGAGGAGGAGGAGGUGGUGAAGAGGGAGAAGUUAGUUACACGAGAGCCACGGGGGGAACGGCGAGGCGACGGCGAGGCGAGGUGAGGCGAGGAGUGCUUCAUAGCUAUGCGGACAAACAGAGGUACGAUGGAUGGUACAACAAUCUGGCUCAUCCGGAUUGGGGAUCGAUCGACAGCAGGCUGAUACGAAAGAUGCCGGCAGCGUAUUCCGACGGGGUCUACAUGCUCGCCGGCCAGGACAGACCUUCCCCGAGGAAGCUCAGCCAACUCUUCAUGCAAGGCGACGACGGGCUGCCGUCGGUCAAGAACAGGACAGCGUUGUUCGCUUUCUUCGGGCAGCUGGUUACGUCGGAAAUAAUCAUGGCCAGCGAGAGCGGCUGCCCCAUAGAGUACCAUCGGAUCGACGUGGACAAAUGCGAUCCGGUUUUCGACAAGGAGUGCCAAGGUAACAAGUACAUUCCCUUCCGUCGCGCCGACUACGACCGCCGAACAGGACACAGCCCGAACAGCCCUCGCGAGCAGAUAAACAAAGUGACGAGCUGGAUCGACGGUAGCUUCAUCUAUUCGAGCAGCGAGGCGUGGGCCAACACCAUGAGAUCAUUCAAAAAUGGAAGCCUCCUGAUGGAACCGACCAGAAAAUUCCCCGUGAGGAACACCAUGCGCGCUCCUCUCUUCAAUCAUGCUGUACCACACGUGAUGAGGAUGCUGAGCCCUGAACGUCUCUACCUUCUUGGGGACCCGAGGACGAACCAGCAUCCACCGCUUCUGGCUCUGGGAAUUUUGUUUUACCGGUGGCACAAUGUUAUCGCGGCCAGAAUACAGAAGGAACAUCCGGAUAUGGGCGACGAAGACGUGUUCCAGAAGGCGCGACGCAUUGUAGUGGGAACACUGCAGAAUAUUAUAUUGUACGAAUACCUGCCGAUGCUGCUGAACGACGAUCUACCGCGUUACUCAAGCUACAAACCGGAUCUUCAUCCAGGGAUCAGUCACAUAUUCCAAAGCGCCGCUUUUCGGUACGGGCAUACUCUUAUACCACCCGGUAUAUACCGUCGAGAUGAAAAUUGCGAGUUCAGGCGGACCAACACUGAUCAACCUGCUAUAAGGCUUUGUUCCACCUGGUGGGACUCGAAUGAGAUCCUAACAAACAGCACAAUCGAGGAGCUAAUAAUGGGACUGGCUUCUCAAAUAGCCGAGAAAGAGGACAAUCUUCUAGGCACUGAUAUUAGGAACAAUCUCUUUGGUCCCAUGGAGUUCUCAAGAAGAGACCUGGGAGCGUUGAACAUCAUGCGAGGAAGGGACAAUGGACUUCCAGAUUACAAUACCGCCAGAGCACACUUCAAGCUAUCUCGUAGGAAAACCUGGAACGAAAUCAACCCUGAAUUGUUCAACAAGAAUCCAUCUUUGUUGCGUACCUUGGUGGAGAUUCAUUUCAAUAACUUGAACAACGUCGACGUCUACGUUGGAGGGAUGUUAGAGUCCAGUUCCGGUCCUGGUGAACUGUUCUCCGCGGUUAUCAAAGAGCAGUUCCUUCGGCUGAGGGACUCUGACAGGUUCUGGUUCGAGAAUGAGGAAAAUGGAAUCUUCACUAAGAAUGAAAUAGAAGAGAUCCGUCGCGUUUCUUUAUGGGACGUGAUCGUCAACGCUACUGGAAUUGAACCAGAAUCUAUACAGAGGAACGUGUUCGUUUGGGAAGAAGGUGACCCUUGUCCUCAGCCCUAUCAGUUGAACUCGACGAUGCUGGAGCCCUGUGUUCCAUUGCAGCGUUAUGAUUAUUUUGAGGGAAGCGAGCUGGUGUACAUAUACGCUUGCGUGUUCCUCGGUUUCGUGCCGAUUCUGUGCGCUGGAGCCGGUUACGGUCUCGUGAAGUUGCAAAACCGCCGACGCAGGCGGCUGAAGAUCCUCCAGGAGGAAAUACAGAAGCGGAACGACGGGAAGAUCUGCGUGGACAAGAUGAUCGUGCGCGAGUGGCUGCACGCGAACCACCGGCGGCUGGUUAAGGUGAAAUUCGGCCCGGAAGCCGCUCUUCACAUCGUCGACCGGAAGGGGGAGAAACUGCGGACGUUCGAUUUCAGCGAAGUGAACACCGUUACCAUGGAGGAGUCCCAGAACGAGAAUGGUCAUCGCAAGGCGUUGGUGCUUCUCCGUAUACCGCGGGACUACGACCUUGUCCUUGAACUGGAUUCCCUGGCCUCGCGUAGAAAGUUCAUUGCGAAACUGGAGGCAUUCCUGGCGUCCCAUAAGAAGCACUUCACGCUGUCACAAGUGGGCCGGGACAUAAUGCUCGCCAAGGCGGAAACGAAGGAGCGACGACAAAAGAAACUGGAGCAGUUCUUCAGGGAAGCUUACGCUCUCACUUUCGGCCUGCGACCCGGUGAAAGGCGGCGACGCUCGGAGGACAGCGACAGCGGGGAAGUCGUCACCGUGAUGCGGACCUCGCUUUCUAAAAGCGAGUUCGCCAGCGCUCUUGGCAUGCGAGCGGAUGCUGUCUUCGUGAAGAAAAUGUUCAACAUCGUAGACAAAGAUAGGGACGGUCGCAUUUCUUUCCAGGAAUUCCUGGACACGGUUCUACUGUUCUCACGAGGAAAAACCGAGGACAAGCUGAGAAUUAUUUUCGACAUGUGUGACAAGGACAGCAACGGAGUGAUCGAUAAAGAGGAAUUGUCUGAGAUGCUCAGAUCAUUGGUAGAAAUCGCGAGAACCACCAGCUUGUCCGACGAUCACGUUACAGAACUGAUAGACGGAAUGUUCCAAGACGCUGGUCUCGAACGGAAGGAUUACUUAACCUACAAUGAUUUCAAGCUGAUGAUGAAAGAGUACAAAGGGGAUUUCGUAGCGAUCGGGCUCGAUUGCAAAGGCGCGAAGCAGAAUUUCCUGGAUACGUCGACGAACGUGGCGCGUAUGACCAGUUUCCAUAUUGAUCAACUUCCGCCGGAGGAUUCGAAGAGCUGGGCGCGGAAACAGUGGGACGCCGUGUCGACAUUCCUCGAGGAAAACCGGCAGAACAUAUUCUACCUGUUCGUUUUCUACGUUACGACGAUCGCCCUAUUCGUCGAACGAUUUAUAUAUUACUCCUUCAUGGCGGAGCAUACCGAUUUAAGGCACAUAAUGGGAGUCGGGAUCGCUAUAACCAGAGGAUCAGCGGCGGCGUUGUCCUUUUGUUACAGUUUACUGCUGUUGACCAUGUCUCGCAAUCUCCUUACCAAGUUAAAAGAAUUCUCGAUUCAACAGUACAUCCCGCUGGACUCGCACAUACAGUUCCAUAAAAUAGCCGCCUGCACCGCUCUGUUCUUUUCCGUCCUCCACACGGUGGGCCAUAUGGUGAACUUCUACCACGUGUCCACUCAGCCGCUGGCUCAUCUGCGUUGCUUAACGAGCGAACUCAGUUUCCCCAGUGAUGCUCGCCUCACCAUUUCUUUUUGGCUUUUUAGAACUGUAACAGGUCUGACGGGGAUCCUCUUGUUCGUUGUUAUGACGAUUAUUUUCGUGUUCGCCCAUCCGACCAUCCGCCAGAAAGCGUACAAAUUCUUCUGGUCAACUCAUAGUCUGUACGUGGUGCUGUACGCUCUCUGUCUGAUUCACGGCUUGGCUCGGCUAACCGGCUCCCCGCGGUUCUGGAUUUUCUUUGUUGGUCCAGCGAUAAUUUACGCUCUGGAUAAGGUAGUCAGCCUGCGGACGAAGUACAUGGCGUUAGACAUUAUCGAGACGGAGUUACUGCCAUCGGACGUGAUAAAGAUCAAGUUCUACAGGCCGCCGAAUUUGAAGUACUUGUCUGGCCAAUGGAUCCGCCUCUCUUGCACCGCGUUCCGGUCGAACGAAUUCCAUUCCUUCACCUUGACCUCGGCGCCUCACGAAAACUUUCUGUCCUGCCACAUCAAGGCACAGGGUCCGUGGACCUGGAAGCUGAGGAACUAUUUCGAUCCUUGCAAUUACAAUCCCGAGGACGAGCAUCCAAAAAUUAAGAUAGAAGGACCAUUUGGGGGCGGGAAUCAAGACUGGUACAAAUUCGAGGUCGCUGUGAUGGUUGGCGGUGGAAUUGGGGUUACCCCUUACGCUUCUAUGCUCAACGAUCUCGUUUUUGGCACUUCUACGAAUAGAUAUUCAGGGGUUGCAUGUAAAAAGGUCUACUUCCUGUGGAUAUGUCCCUCCCACAAGCACUUCGAGUGGUUCAUCGACGUCCUACGAGACGUCGAGAGGAAGGACGUCACGGACGUUUUAGAGAUUCACAUAUUUAUUACACAAUUCUUUCAUAAAUUCGAUUUGCGUACUACUAUGCUGUACAUUUGCGAGAACCACUUCCAGAGACUGUCUAAGAAGAGUAUUUUCACUGGGUUGAAAGCGAUAAAUCAUUUCGGCCGGCCUGAUAUGACAUCGUUCUUAAAGUUUGUUCAGAAGAAACACAGCUACGUCAGCAAAAUAGGAGUAUUUAGUUGCGGACCACGCCCCCUAACGAAGAGCGUGAUGUCGUCUUGCGAUGAGGUGAACAAAGGCCGCCGCCUGCCUUACUUCAUUCAUCAUUUCGAGAACUUCGGCUAGUCUCGAUCCUGCCGCGGGCACAGGAGAAGAAGCGAUGGACUCUAUCGUGACUCUCACGGGACUCUACCUUAUGUAUAUAUUUAUGCGCGUGUGCGCAUCGUUUAUUUAUACCGAGUAUUACAUUUCUUAUUUAUGUUAAAGAAAAGAGAAGAGAUGAAUAUUUUUUUUUUCAAUACUUUUUCUUCACUGAACACGACCUCGCGAACACCUAAAGUGCAACCCUCGAUUUUCCACGUUCUUGGUCACUUUUAGGUUUCAUAUCAAGACACUUAGCAGGAAGUGUACCCGAAUACCAACAGAGUUCCAGGAUAAACUAGCGGCUGAAAUGUUUCGUAAACUGAAGUAUCGAGCGGAAUGAAAGUAUUUAUUUCCGGAAUCGUCCAAGAGUCGUAACAAACAGAAGUCA